AUGGGAAAUAAAUAAAGUGAAAAUUAAUAUAACAAAGAACAUAAUGAAAAGAUGUUAGAUUGUUUAAGUAUAGUAGUAAAUUUAUUAGUUAGUAAUUGAAAAUCGAAAUUAUAUAGAAGUAUUAAUCAGGAAGGCAGGUAGAGUGAGUAAAGAAUACUCUUUUCUAACACCUCCGAUUGGAAAAGGAAAGUAUAGUGAAAUUCGAAAAAUAAUAAAUAAAAAGACCGGAAUAAUGAGAGCAGUAAAAAUAAUAUAGAAAAAUGUAUCUAAUAAGGUAGAAGGAAAGAUAAUUAAUGAAAUCAAUACUUUAGAAAUGUUAGAUCAUCCAAACAUAGUAAGAGUAAAUGAAUAUUUCUCUGAUGAUAGAUUUCAUUAUAUCAUAACAGAAUAUUAUUCAGGAGGAGAGUUAAUAGAUCACAUUGAUAAAUAAAGAGUAUUUACUGAAAGUUAGGCUGCAAAAAUAAUUUAUGUGCUACUUUAUACUAUAAAUUAUUGUCAUAAGAAGUAAAUAUGUCAUAGAGAAAUAAAACCAGAAAAUAUAUUAUUUGAUAGAAAUUCAGAAGAUUCAUUACCUAUAUUAAUAGAUUUUGGUAGUUGUAGUAAAAUGGAUCAUAAAAUGACUAGUUAACCUAAUCAUCCAUAUUUUUAAGCUCCUGAAUUAAUAUUAGGAAAUUAUCAUAGUGGAGUUGAUAUAUGGGCAAUAGGAGUUAUUUUAUAUUUACUUUUAUGCGGAUAUCCUCCAUUUAGAGGAAGAACAGAUGAAUUAAUAAUAAAGAGUAUUAUUAAAAAUGAAGUUGAGUUUGAUGAUCCUGAAUGGGAUAAUAGUUCAGAAGAAUCUAAAAAUUUAAUUUUAAAAUUGUUAUAAAAGGAUCCUAAUAGAAGAAUGACAGCAGAAAUGGCAUUAAAUGAUAUAUGGAUAUUGAAAAAUUAUGAAUUAAAAGUAUUUGAUGGAUUAAUAAAAAGAGUUGUUACAAAUUUGGCAACUUUUUCAGCAUCUUCAAGAUUAUAAGAAGCUACUUUAAAGUUAAUGGUAUAAUUUUUAGCAACAAGAGAAGAAUUAUCUGAAUUAAGAGUAGUCUUUAUGCAUAUUGAUACUAAAUUAGAUGGAGUUUUAGAUUAAGAUGAAUUACAAGCUGUUAUGUUAAAAUAUUAUGAUUAAAGUUUUGUUCAUUAAUAGAUAAAUAAAAUAUGUUAACAUCCAUUAACUUAUUCUACUUUUUUAACAAGAAGUGUUGAUAGAUAAACUAUGUUGUAAAAAAGUAAGAUAGAAACAGCUUUUAAAUUAAUAGAUCGAGUAAUUUGAUUAAACUAAAUAAUUUUUAGAAUGGAUCAGGUAACAUAUCAGUUGAAGAACUCUAAGAUACUUUUAAGGUUUGCAAUGUAGAAAUUGAGAAUCCAUGGUUAGAAAUCAUGAAUGAAGUAGACAGCAAUCAAGAUGGAAGUUUAUCUUUAUUAGAAUUCAAUCAAAUGAUGAGAUAAUUAUUAGUUUAAUGA